AUGCAGAACAAGAAGAUUGUCAUAUUGUAUGGUUCUGAGACAGGAAAUGCGCAAGAUUUUGCGCAUAUUCUUUCUCAUAAGUUAAAGAGACUGCAUUUCUCACAUACAUUGAUUAAGAUCGGUGAUUACCAUCCGAAAAGCGUUCUGCAGUGCAAGUACCUGUUUAUCAUCUGCUCUACGACUGGACAAGGAGAACUACCGCGUAACGCAAGAGAGAACUGUAAUGGACGGGCUCAGGGGACUCUCUGGCAGUUUUUGAAGAAAUCUACACUUCCUGCGGAUCUUUUAGAUCAUGUUAACGUUGCCAUGCUUGGGUUGGGUGAUUCCUCGUAUCCAAGAUUCAACUUUGGUAUCAGAAAGCUUCAUGAACGUAUUGUCAAUCAACUUGGCGCUAGUGAGAUUUUUCCACGCUUAGAAGCUGAUGAGUUGGGACUUGCUGGGAGUAAUAAGGAUACUGGAAAUGGAGUUGAAUCCGUCUACUAUGAAUUUGAGAAAAGAAUCAUCGCCUACAUGUUAGAGAAGUACCCCAACAGAAAGCACGAUGGCAAAAUGAUGCCCAGAGUAGGCCUAGCCGAAGAUGUUUACUUGAAACCGAGCAAUAUAUUAGAAAUAUCCACUGUUAAUGGAUCGACAAAUGAUCAGCUACCUGAUUCUAAGAUUCAAUUUGUUGGAGAUGAGACAAUAAGACAUGGAACCGUUAAGAAAAACAACCAAAUAACUGCUAAAGAUCAUUUUCAGGACGUUCGACAAUUUGUGUUUGAAACCGAGGAUCAUGAAGCCUAUCAUCCAGGCGAUACAGUUUCUUUAUAUCCCGAAAAUUCAGACAAUGACGUUGAAUUAUUCCUCGAAGCUCAACCUCAUUGGAAGAAGGUCGCUGAUGAACUUCUUACAAUAACAGACCUGGAAAAUUGUGAUCGGUUCAGAGAUGGUGGUGUUGUGAAACCACUUACUCUAAGAACCUUGUUAAAAUAUCAUUUUGAUAUCGUCAGUAUACCUAGGCAGAGCUUCUUCAUGAAAACUUGGACUUUUGCAAAUGCUCACGAAGAUAGACCAACCGAUCAAGAGCUAUUAGAACAACAGAGGGAUAAACUAAGACAGUUCGGGUAUGGACAAGACCUACAGGACUUGUAUGAUUAUUGCAAUAGACCAAGAAGAUCAGUAUUAGAGGUUAUACAGGAUUUUGAAUUCUUAAAACUUCCAUGGGAGUUCGCAUUAGAUUAUCUACCCAUGAUAAAGCCCAGAUUUUAUUCCAUCUCAAGUGCACCAUCUGAUCCUAAUGUUGAACUAACUAUUGCUAUUGUUCGUUAUAAGACUUUGUUAAGAAAGGUACGGAAAGGACUAUGCACGAACUACCUACUUACAUUAACCGAAAACGAUACAGUUCGUUAUAAACUUCAAAAUAAUCAUUUACUUCAUGAAGAUAUUAUUGGCAAACCUAUCAUCAUGACUUCUCCGGGGGUAGGUCUCGCACCAAUGAAGUGCUUGAUCGAGUCUAAUUUAUUCAAGGAUCAGUACUUAUUUUUUGGUAACAGAAUGAAGGAUAAGGACUUUUUAUAUGAAGAUACGUUAUCUAUGUGGAAGAAAGAAGGUAAAAUUAAUUUAUUCACUUGUUUUUCGCGGGAUCCCAUAAAUUCUCCUCAUGCUAAGUAUGUUCAAGAUCAGUUGUGGAAUCAAUCUAGUCUAAUAGCAGACCUAAUUUUGAAAAAAUCUGCCAUAGUAUAUAUUUGUGGAUCCUCCGGUAAAAUGCCAGUUCAGGUUAGGUUGACUAUAGUUGAGAUCCUGAAAAAACAUGGAAACUUCGAAAACGCAGAAGAAGCCGAGCAUUAUCUAAAAGAAAUGGAAAGAACUGACAGGUAUAUGCAAGAGACAUGGUAG